AUGCAGACGUGUCAUCCAAUUAUCAAGGUUCUGAAAGAACACAAUCAGAUACCACAAAAUGAGGAAGGGUGGGUGCAAGUAGCAAAACAAUAUGAACGCAAGUGCAAUUUUCCUCAUUGCCUUGGAGCAAUGGAUUGUAAACAUGUUUUAAUACGAAAGCCUGCAGGAAGUGGUUCAUAUUACUUUAACUACAAACACACGUUCAGUAUUGUUCUAAUGGUCAUUGUUAACGCAGAUUAUCAAUUUUUAAUGAUAGACGUAGGCGCCAAUGGACGUGUAUCUGAUGGUGGAGUAUUUGCAAAUACAAUAUUUUACAAGAAACUGUCACAAAAUCGGCUUCUUUUGCCUAAAGAAGAUAAUCUACCAUUAAGUCGCAUUAAUGCACCGUAUGUAUUCGUCGCCGAUGAUGCUUUUCCACUAAUGAAAAAUAUUAUUAAGCCGUUCAGUAUGAGAAAUCUAAGCAAAGAAGAAACUAUUUAUAAUUAUCGAAUAUCACGAGCUCGUCGAGUGGUGGAAAAUGUGUUUAGAAUAAUAACUCCUCGUUUUAGAGUUUUCCAAACUCAAAUCAAUCUUGAACCAGAAAAAGCUUCUAUUGUAGUAAUGGCAUGCUGUUAUUUAGACAAUUUUUUACGUAGUAAGAACGUGGAAUCGUAUUUGCAAGGAGGUUUGGAUGCAGAAAACGAAAACAGCAAAUUAAGUCUCUUGCUCCGAGCGGGGACAAAAAAAAAAGAAAUAUAA